CAGUGACCCAGGGCUAUAGGCAGCCGAUGCACUGAUUCACCGGCACUGUAGACUGUAUAUAAGCCAAGGUACGUCUUUCGUCCUGCUUCGACACCUUGCCCUCUCCUUCAUCAGCUAUACGCCUGUGAUAUCUCUCCACGAACGUCAGUCACCCUCAGCCACAAUGGAUCGCCGCAUGGUCUCCCGCCUGAGCGACAAGAUCAGGAACUUGUUGAUGGACGAACGUGUGACUGUACGCAUGCCCAACUCGAACAUCUGGGUGACCGGCAUUGUCGUGUCCGUCUUGCAGUACUUCGACGUGAUACGAAGUGACGGGUACCAAAUCCGAUAUAGUUCCAACCAUGGGUGGCAGGUCGAGCUCUUCCCCGCUUCGCCGGACUUCAUACGGCCGCCGGGCGGGGGCGUUUACCCCCAAGACGCAUCUCAGCCUGUUCAGCGCGUGGCUCGGCCAUACUAGCGCGAAGGAUAGACGCAGUAGCCUAUACCAUCUCAGACAGCCACCAUGAGCGCCCAUCUUUUGUAACAUAGCCAGUCUCAA